AUGGAUGCAGCGUCUCCACCUCCGUUAGACCGCACGCCUUCCGCGCACAGCAGGUACACAACAGCAGCAGCCUGGUGUUUUGAGCGGCACUUCGAGGGCCAGGAGCUUCGACCGCCUGUCCGAGUCGUUGUUUUCGACUGUGAUGAGACGCUCACGUUGUCCACCUUCCUUCCCGACGAUGCUGCACUGCGAACACAGUUGGACUGGACAUCACCGUGGGAGGAGUACAUUGCCACCGUGAACUUCGAAUCUCCUUUUGCAACUUCUGGCCGGCUAGCCCUGCUUCGGGAGAUGCUCGAAGACUUGCGGAGAGGAACGCACAAGCUGCCUGGUCGAUCGCUGGCGGUGUUGACCCGAAACACCAAUGGACCAGUCGCGUGCUUGAACCUCUUGAGGGCCGCCAAGCUCGCUGAUCUGUUCGAUGCGGUUUGGUGCAUGUCCCAUGUGCCUGGCAUUCCCGCCGGAAUCUAUCGUGCAGGGACAGACUGGGUGGCAUUCGAUCCACCACUUGCUUCACUCCCGGAUCACAAGGCGCACGUGCUGCACAACAUCGCGGAGCAACCAUCAGCUUGGUUCCCACAGAAGAUGGAUGGCUCUCUCAUGUCGAUGCUCCCAGAUGCAUUGAGGCCUCAGGAGAUUAUGCUGGUCGAUGAUGUGCGCACCAACUUCCAAUGUGGGGGUAGCGAUCCGAAGAAGGUCUAUCGCUGCUGCAAGGUUGCACGCUAUGAUGCGCCAAACUUUCGAGAUAUGGGACUCGUUCGAGACAUGGGUGGGAUCGGGGCGCACAACGAGGAAGACUACAAGACCGUGGUAGAUUUUGCGAAGCGGCCUUGGGCAUACAAAGUUGACUGGCGCGUACAUUGCAUUGAGAAGCCGUUCGAUGGCGCAGCGCUGCAGCCGCCGGUGCAAUUAGUUAUCUUCGAUUUCGACAGCGCUCUGACCUUGUACACCUUCAUGCCGGAGGAUUCACGAUGCAGCACAGAAAUAGGCUAUGCACCCGAAUCUGUGAAGCGGCGGUAUGUAGAGUACAACUUCGAAUCGCCGUAUUUGGAAGGGAGCAGAGUGGAGCAGCUUCAGAACCUUCUUCAAUCGUUGUCAAGUGAUCCAGAGACGGGAGAGAGGCGUGUUCUCGCGAUUCUCACUAUCAAUGAGGCUGGGGCUAUCGCCGUACUGAAUAUUCUCAUGAUGGCAGACCUGGCGAAACAUUUCAGUGCAGUGUGGACUCUAUCAGCUCGUGUCGGGCAACCUGAUGGUGUGUAUAGGACCGGCCAUGAAUGGAGAACGUUCACGCUGCCGGUCAGGGAGGCAGACGGACGACACAAGUCUUCGGUGCUGCAGAGUCUUCUUUCGUGUCCGUCGGGAUGGUUCCCUCAGAUCUCCGGAGGAUGCGGGGAAGAAGCAACAGAGGAAAGACUUUUGUCUGGGCUGAGCCUGGAAAACAUUGUCUUGGUCGAUGAUGCCCGUUCACCCUCGCUGUUAUUGGAAGACGAUGAGGAGUACGAAGCACUGCGGCACUGUCGGGUUGCCAGCUACGAUGACGAGUACCGUGACCAGGGCCUGCUUUGGCACAUGGGAGGUCUCGGCGCGCGAAGCGCCGAGGACUGA